UCCGUCUGCGGCUUCUCCCGUGCUCCGGGCUGGAACGCUCCUGGGCCCGUUCCUCCCCGGCAGCCGGGCGCGCUUCCAGUCCUCCCCUCGGUCCCCAGCAGCCGAACAGCGGCCGGGAGGCCUUCCCGCGCCGUCUGCCGCGUGGCCGCCUCCUCUGAGGCGCUACGAUGUACUGCGAGAAGUGGAGCUUCGUGGCGGAGAUGUGUCUCUUCCUUGAAGACCUGCGGGAGGGCUCGUGCAUCCUCUGCCUCUGCUCCAGGGCGUUUGUGGAAGAUCGGAAAUUGUGCGGUUUGGGAUUAAAAGGCUACUACGUUAAAGACGAUGGCAUCAGUGCAGGAGAGCAAGCUGCAGAAGAGGAAGAAGGCGGUCGUCCCCAGGGCACUGCAGAGUCACGUGACAGCAAAGACGUAGACCCAGAUGAAAGUGAACCUGAUUCUGAGGCUGAACUCAUGAGAAGCAUGGGACUGCCACUUCAGUUUGGUAGGGCGUCUGCACAUAAGAAUUUUGAGGUAUCUAUGAAUACCAGAAACAAAGUUAAAAUAAAAAAGAAAAAGAAAAAACAUCAGAAGAAGUACUUAGAUGAAAUUAAGAGAGAAUCUUGGAGACAAGAACGUGAGGAAGACGACAUUUUGGCUUCAGAUGACCCAUCUUCAUCUGAGAAUGAGAACACCAGGAGGUGCGAACUUUGGACCAAAAAAGACAUUGAAGGUGAGAAUCUUCCUGCUGAAAAUGCAUUAUCUCCAAAGCUGGAAAUUACGGAGCUCUGGGAGAAGUACUGGAAGGAACACGGGGGAGAACUGCUGUGGCAAAGCUGGGAAGAAAAGCAUGCAGGUCAGACGCUGUGCUCAGAACCCUGGAACGUCCCUCAUACAAAGCAGGAAUGGGAGCAGCAUUAUAGCCAGCUGUACUGGUAUUAUUUGGAACAGUUUCAGUAUUGGGAAGCUCAGGGUUGGACUUUUGAUGCUUCACAAAGCUGUGAUACAGAUACUUGUGGGUCUAAAACAGAAGUUGACAACAAGAAAGACGAAAAUCGCACGAAAGCAGAUGAACUUUCUUCUCCAUCUUCAUCAAUGGGUAGCGAAAGCUCUAGUUCAAGUGAUAAAGAUCAUAGUGAAAUUCUUGAUGGACUUAGUAACAUAAGUCUGAAUUCAGAGGAAGUAGAACAGAGCCGGUUAGAUCCCUCUGUGAGUUGUGAUGGACAGCAGCGUUUAAGUGAAGUUCACAGCGGAAGAGAAUGCCCUGCUUCGGGCCAAAGUGAACCACGUAACGGAGGAACCAAGGAAAGCAGCUCGUCUGGGAACAGAAGCACGAGCCAGCCAGCUCAGGAUUCACAAGAGUCAUCAGAAGCAAACACAAUCAAAGAAAGACCACGCCUCAUCGGCACUGAUGGAGAUGAGAGUGGCGAAGAUCCACCUGAACAGAAGCCAAGCAAACUCAAGAGGAGCCAUGAACUGGACAUCGAUGAAAACCCGGAUUCAGACUUUGAUGUUGACGGUUCCCUUCUAGGAUUCAAGCAUGGCUCAGGACAAAAAUAUGGUGGAAUUUCAAAUUUCAGUCACCGGCAGGUCAGGUAUCUACACAAGGAUGUGAAGUACAAGUCAAAGUACUUGGACAUGAGAAGACAAAUCAAUAUGAAAAACAAACACAUCUUCUUCACUGAAGAGCCAGGAAAAACUCUUUUCAAGAAAAGCAAAACUUUGAGUAAGGUAGAAAAAUUCCUAAAAUGGGUUAAUGAACCAAUGGAUGACGAAGCAUCGCAGGAGCCAGUUUCUCAUAACAACGUGCAAGAUACUUGCACAAGCAGUGGUUCAGAGGAACAAGAAUUGUCUGUUGAAAAAGGGGAUGACCCACCGGAGACGAGUGAGCCGGAACCUGGGACGCGUCGUGCCGUGUCUCCAGCUGGGGAAGUGGGAACAGAGAAGACUGACAGGGACAGCACAGAAGCAGCAGUGCCAGAUGAGGGGGACUGCCCCGCCCAGGCUGCACCAGACCGUCUUCACGUAGAAGCCGAAGCUGAAAAUAAAAAGAAGAAGAAGAAGAAGAAAAGCAAGAACAGAAAGGGAAUUGGUCUGCCUCCUGAGAUCACUGCUGUGCCUGAGCUGGCAAAGUACUGGGCCCAGAGAUACAGGCUCUUCUCCCGCUUUGACGAUGGGAUUAAAUUAGACAGAGAGGGCUGGUUUUCAGUUACACCCGAGAAGAUCGCUGAGCACAUCGCCGGAAGGGUCAGCGGGUGCUCCGGGUGUGACACCGUAGUCGACGCAUUUUGUGGAGUUGGAGGAAAUACCAUUCAGUUUGCCUUAACAGGAAAGAGAGUGAUCGCCAUUGAUAUUGAUCCUGUUAAGAUCGAUCUUGCUCGCAAUAAUGCAGAAAUUUAUGGGGUAGCGGAGAAGAUUGAGUUCAUCUGUGGAGAUUUCCUGCAGCUGGCUUCUCAUUUAAAGGCUGAUGUCGUGUUUCUCAGCCCGCCUUGGGGAGGACCAGACUACGCCACCGCUGAGAUCUUCGACAUCAGCACCAUGAUGUCUCCUGAUGGCUUUGAAAUUUUCAGACUUUCCCAGAAGAUCACUAAUAAUAUCAUUUAUUUUCUUCCAAGAAAUGCUAAUAUUGACCAGGUGGCGUCCUUGGCUGGGCCUGGAGGGCAAGUGGAAAUAGAACAAAACUUUCUUAAUAAUAGAUUGAAGACAAUCACUGCUUAUUUUGGGGAACUGAUCCGCAGAUCAGCCUCUGAAUCAUAAGUGAGGUGGUAUAGAGACCAAAAGAUCAUAGCGGUCAGAACACUAUUCACUUGGAAUUUCUUCUCUAUAUUCACUGAUACUUUGUACCCAUAGUCAAAUGGGUAUUUGUACCCUAAUAUACUUUUUCCCCACAUUGAUGCAGUACCAUCCGGAAUUUGCUUUUAAACAUCCAUUUAUCUUAUAAAGUUAGUGUUUUUUGAGUUUCUAUUGAAAAAAAUGUGAAAUAUAUUUUGUAAUAUAGAAGUUUAUAUUCUUUUUCUAUUAAAAUGGCAGUGAAAAGAAGAAGAAUAUGUGUUGCGUAACUAUUCAUCCAAAAGGUGUGUUCAGUCAUUUUUAAAGUAGGUCAAAAUUCAGGGACAGGGGGCUCUUUCGCCACAGGGGAUCUGGGAUCUUUAUCUUGUAAUAAUAUGGGCAUAUUAAACAUGGUUUUGGCUGGGAUAGAGCUGGGGGAUUGAAAUAAAAUGGAAAAUUUCCAGUAAAUAUUAGAAAAAAAAAACAAAUAAAAAACAACUUUGUUGGAGAAUGGAGCAGUGCUAACUUUAGUCUCUUGAAACUUUACAAAGUUUUCCUGAUUGCCCUGCAAUACCGUAGCAGUUGAACUGAUCAUUAAGGAUUAAAUUAAUUUCUUAUUAUUGAAUUUGCAACAUCAAAAUCUGUCGAUGUUCUAGGUUUUUAUACUUUUUCAUCAGGUAGGAUUAGUGUCUAAACUGUAAACUUGUCACCACUUUUUAAAUAAUGGCAGCGUUGGUCAUAAACAGCUAUGUACGUGGCCCUUAGCACUAGAAUAUGCUUACUUAGCCACUUGGGGUGGGAGAUGGGAAGGGUAAAAGCAGAUUUCCAAAAUCACCAAUUAUUUUUUAGUUUUUGUCACUUAACCUUUCAUGGAUAUACUUUUUUCCACAAUAUAUUUUCUUGUAUAUUGUUAACAUUAAAACUAAUUUGUCUUCCUGAA